UGUGACUCGAGUCCCCCAUGCAUGGUAAAAAAAUACAGGAUCUAUCAAACAUUCAUAAUCCUGGUUCCUGUUUUUCUAAAAGAGUCCAGCAGCAGAGAGCAGACUCCCCUGGACCCAGCUGUGUCUCCAUGAAGAGUGACUGGUCUAUGGAAGAACCUUGGAACUUUAAAGAUGGACGACCCUCCAGAGAGGAGAGGCAAGAAAACGAGAGGUCAAAGGUUACCAGUGCUCGGUCUGUACAGCAGCAUCCAACAGAGCUGAUGAAGAUGAGGCCCUUACAAUGCGAGGAGAGCGAGGAGGACGAGGACAAGGUGGAUGGAACUUGCUGCCAACGUAAAAUUAAGGCUCUUCUGAAGAAGAAGUUGAGGUGUGUGUUUGAGGGAAUUGCUGGAGCAGGACAGCCAACAGGUCUGAACGACUUCUACACAGAGAUCUUCAUCACAGAGAGAGGAAGUGGAGAGGUCAACAAGGAACAUGAGGUCAGACUGAUUGAAACAGCCUCCAGGAAACCAGCAAAGGAGGAAACACCAAUAAAAUGUGAAGACAUCUUUGAACCCUUACCUGGACGAGAUCAACCAAUCAGAACAAUAAUGACAACUGGAGUGGCCGGCAUUGGUAAAACCGUCUUAACACACAAGUUCACUCUGGACUGGGCUGAAGGCAAAACCAACCAAGACAUUCACUUCACAUUUCACUUCACUUUCAGAGAGCUGAAUUUACUGAAAGGGAAAGAGUUUAGCUUGGUGGAACUUCUUCAUCACUUCUUUAUUGCAACCAAAGAAGUAGGAAUCUGCAGAUAUGACCAGUACCAAGUCAUCUUCAUCUUGGAUGGUCUGGAUGAGUGUCGACUUCCUCUGGACUUCCAGAACAACCCGAUCUGGACUGAUGUCACAGAGCCGACCUUAGUGGACGUGCUGCUGACAAACCUCAUCAGGGGCCACCUGCUACCCUCCGCUCGCAUCUGGAUAACCACACGCCCUGCGGCAGCCAAUCAGAUCCCUGCUGAGUGUGUUGACAUGGUGACAGAGGUGAGAGGGUUCACCGACCCACAGAAAGAGGAGUACUUCAGGAAGAGAUUCAGAGACGAGAAGCUGGCCAACACAAUCAUCUCCCAUGUGAAGAAAUCACGAAGCCUCCACAUCAUGUGUCACAUCCCAGUCUUCUGUUGGAUCACUGCUACAGUUCUGGAGGACCUAUUUAAAAAGUCCCAGGGAGGAGAAGAGAUGCCCAAGACCGUGACUCAGAUGUACAGCCACUUCCUGAGGGUUCAAUCCAUACAGGCGGACAGGAAGUACCUUGGGAGGGCUGAAACAGAUCCCCACUGGAGUUCACAGAGCAGGGAGAUCAUUUUUUCUCUUGGAAAACUGGCUUUUAACCAGCUGGAGAAAGGCAACUUGGUAUUCUAUGAGGCAGACCUGGCAGAGUGUGACAUCAAUAUCAAAGCAGCCUCAGUUUACUCUGGAGUGUUCACCCAGAUCUUUAAAGAGGAGUGUGGGCUGUACCAGGACAAGGUGUUCUGCUUUGUCCAUCUGAGCCUCCAGGAGUUUCUGGCUGCCCUUUAUGUCUUUCUGUCCUUCAUCAAUGAUGGUAUAAAUCUGCUCUAUGAAAGAAAAAGAAAAAAGGGUAGUUUAUCUGGGUUUUUUCGGCCGGAGUCUAGUAGAGUUAAACUCAAGGGUAACAUCUACCAGAGUGCUGUGGACAAGGCAUUACAGAGUGAGAAUGGACACCUGGACUUGUUCCUCCGCUUCCUCCUGGGCCUCUCUCUGGAGGCCAAUCAGAUUGUCCUACGAGGUCUGGAGAGACGAGGUGGAAGAGACUCAUGGACCAAGGAGAAAAUAGUGUCUUACAUCAAGAAAAAGAUAGAUGUAGAUCUCUCUCCAGAGAGAAGCAUCAACCUGUUCCACUGUCUGAGUGAGCUGAACGACCAUCAUCUAGUGGAGGAGAUCGAACAGUGCCUGACAUCAGGAAGUCUCUCCAGAGACCAUCUCUCCCCUGCUCAGUGGUCAGCUCUGGUCUUCAUCAUACUGUCGUCAGAAGAGGAGCUGGACGUGUUUGACCUGAAUAAGUACUCUGCUUCAGAGAAGGGUCUUCUGAGGCUGCUGCCAGUGGUCAAAGCCUCCAAAACAUCUCUGCUGACUGGCUGUCAUCUGUCAGAGAGAUGCUGUGAAGCUCUGGCCUCAGUUCUCAGCUCCAACUCCUCUCGUCUGAGAGAGAUGGACCUGAGUACCAAUGAUCUGCAGGAUUCAGGAGUGAAGCUGCUCUCUGCUGGACUGGGGAGUCCACACUGUACACUGGUAACUCUCAGGCUCAAUGGCUGUAAUCUGUCAGAGAGAUGCUGUGAAGCUCUGGCCUCAGUUCUCAGCUCCAACUCCUCUAGUCUGAGAAAGCUGGACCUGAGUAACAAUGAUCUGCAGGAUUCAGGAGUGAAGCUGCUCUCUGCUGGACUGGGGAGUCCACACUGUAUGCUGGAAACUCUCAGCUUGUCUGGCUGCCUGGUCACACAGGAAGGCUGUGGUUCUCUGGCCUCAGCUCUGAGCUCCAACCCCUCCCAUCUGAGAGAGCUGGACUUGAGCUACAAUCACCCAGGAGACUCAGGAGCUGCGGUGCUCUCUGCUGGACUGGAGGAUCCACACUGGAGACUGGACACUCUCAGUGUGGAGAACAGUGGAGGGUGGAGGCUGAAACCGGGUGUAAAGAAGUAUGCCUGUGAACUCACACUGGAUCUAAACACCGCCUACACAGGACUCUCUAUGACUAUUGACAAAAGAAAAGUGACUUGGACGGAAAAAGACAAGGUGCGUCCUCUUCGCCCAGAGAGAUUUGACUACUGUGAGCAGGUGUUGUGUAGAGAGGUUCUGACUGGCCGCUGUUACUGGGAGGCAGAGUGGAAAGGAGAGGUUUGUAUCGGAGUGACAUACAGAGGGAUCACAAGGACAGGAGUGGCUGCUGUCAGCGAGCUUGGAGGAAACGACAAGUCCUGGAGUCUUCAUUGUGCUGAUGGUGGUUACUCUGCCUGGUACAACGGUAGUAGAACAGUCCUCCCUCUCCCCCCCGCUGGCUCCAGCAUAGUAGGAGUGUAUCUGGACCGGCCUGCUGGCUCUCUGUCCUUCUACAGAGUGUCCCCAGGUGGAGGAGGGUCCUCAGACACACUGACACACAUCCACACCUUCUGGUCCUCCUUCACCCAGGAGGACCUCCUCUCUUGGUUUAUGUUCUUGUAUGAAGGUUCCUCAAUGUCUUUGUGUCGGUUGUAGUGACAUACACACUCUGACUCACUCACUCACUCACUCACUCACUCACGUACAUAAAAAACACACACACACACACACACACACACACACGCUUGUAUAAAUAGUAGAAAAAAGUAUAUAAUAAUUAAAUACUUACCGUAAUUUUCCGACUAUAAGCCACGCCUUUUUUCCCAUUUUUCGAUUCUGCGGCUUAUAUAACCGUGCGGCGAAUCUAUGGAUCUUUACAUCUAACGGCCACUAGGGGACCUCCUAAAUCUGGAUUUUACAGGUUACCGUCCACCAACUUUAACUCUAUGGGCUCUAUGACCGGUCCACGCUCCUCGACCUUUAAGCGGCGGACUCCAGCGUGGCUUAUAUAUACACAUCAUUCAAUUGAGCUGCUGCGGCUUAUACUCCGGUGCGCCUUAUAGUGCGGAAAAUACGGUAGUUAACUAUACUCUUCUGAAAGGUUAAGCAUGAUGCACCAUGAAAGGAAGGGACUUUUAAGAUCUUAUGGGUCUCAUAUCAGUUUUAACUUUAAUCAGCGUAAUAUUGAGGAAGAUGGCAAGAAGUAUAUGAUAUAGUAUGAUUAAUGAUCAUGAUGCUCAUCAUUAACAAUAUUACAUAACAUAAUUAAUGCCAAAAGCCACAAGGCUUUAAGUUUGAGUUGUUGAGGUUGUAAUUUUGUUAUGGGUUUUGUUUUUUCAAAUUUGCAAAGCAUUUUGCAUAUUCAGUUCGAGAGAUUUUAACUACUGGAGAUAGGUGUUGUGUAGAGAGGGUCUGACUGGCCGCUGUUACUGGGAGGUAGAGAGGAAAGGAGAGGUUUCUAUAGGAGUGACAUACAGAGGGAUCGCAAGGAGAGGAGUGGGUGCUGACAGCGAGCUUGGAAGAAAUUACAAGUCCUGGAGUCUUCAUUGUGCUGAUGGUGGUUACUACGCCCGGUGCAAUGGUAGUAGUACAGCCAUACCUCUCCCCCCCGCUGGCUCUAACAGAGUAGGAGUGUAUCUGGACCGGCCUGCUGGCUCUCUGUCCUUCUACAGAUUGACCCCAGGUGGAGGAGGGUCCUCAGACACACUGACACACCUCCACACCUUCCAGUCCACAUUCACCCAGGAGGACCUCCUCUCUUGGUUUGGUAUUGGGAGCUCUGGUUCCUCAGUGUCUCUGUGUCGGUUGUAGUGACAUACACACUCUCACUAACUCACUCACUCACAUAAAAACACACGCUUGUACAUUGUGAAUAAAAAAACACACUUGUGUGAAUAAUAAUAAUAGUAGUUUGUGUUACUUUGAACUACUGGGCACGGCUAAAACUAAAGGCUAUGCAAAGAAUUUUCUGCUAGGUCCUAUAUUCACAAUAGCUUUUCUGUAUACGAAUGAAUUCCACCCCCGCCUGGUAUAUGGCGGUAGAUAGAGUUUCUAAUCCCAGUCCUAGCCCUUGUGUUACUCAAAUUGUGUAUUUUUCCUACAUAUCUUCCUCAUCAUCUUCAUAUAUAGACUACAUGUAUCGUGUGUUACGAUGAGUCCCGUGUUUGUUUUCCUUUUUGUGUUUAAUAACCAAGACAAUCUUUCAGUUGAAGCCUUGGUAUACUUAUGUUAAAUUUUAACCUUUGAGAUUUGUUUCUCAUGUUGCCUGGUUUUGUUUUGCUGUUGGAUUUUUUGUUUGUGACAGUCGUUGCUUCUUUGAAUAACGUGAUUUAAUUUACCAUGUCAACACACUUAUUUUUCUAGAAGUUGUUUUCCUGAUCUUUUAGUUUUCUGAGUGAACUUGAAGAAGCAUUAGGUUAAAUUCAAUUUGGCACACAUACAUAGUAAUAGUUAUGGUGAUAUAGUAGUGAGUAGUUGUUGUUUUUUUAAGUUUCUCAUGAAAGUUAUCUUGGAUUAUAUGCAUCUGGACCCACAGAGAGAUAGGCCUACAACUAUAUUCCAAAUGCCACGUUUUUUUUGGCUUCUGAAAAGUUAAGCAUGAUAGAUCUUCCAUAAGGUUAACAAGCAGGUUUCACAAAAUGAAAAUGUAAAAUGUAUUUAAAAUGUAAAAUGAUUCCAUUCCAAGCAGAUUUGAUAUUAUUAAUUGAUAAAUGCAAGUAGCCUUGAGGAAAUGCUGAUGAUGUUCCUCUUGUGAAUUCAUUUAAACUGAAUAUAGAAAUAUAUAUUUUUAAUGUUGUGUUUAUUGUGGUCAUGUAAGGUUCACACUUCUCUAUUAUACUUGUUAAUAAAGCGUAUUGGUGAUUAGCAACUCAGUGA